UGGCAGGAAGCGCGGGCCGCCCACAGGAAGCGGGCACGGCGGCGCUGCUGUGGCGCUGCCGGCCGGGCCGUCCCUGAGUCACCGGAGCGGCCGAGCUGCGGCGCCGGGCCCGGCUCUCCCGUGCGGGGCUCAGCGGCAGAUAAAAGAUCACAAACUGUCCUGUGAACAAUAACAGGGAAGAAACAAUCCCAUCUGGCAAUGAUGAGGUAUUUUUACUUCUGGAAGCUUCCAGGAAGAGUUAUGGGAAUCCACCUACUACGCUUCACUUCUGCAGUGAUUAUCAUCCUACUUCUUGUGGCAGGAGCUUUAACAGCUUUACUCCCCAGCAUCAAAGAUGAUAAAAUGCCUAAUUUUAAAAGGGAAUCAAAAACUCAGGGUCAGCCUGCCUUAGAGUCAUUUACUCUUAUUAUGCAGACAUAUAACAGAACUGACUUACUGCUAAAGUUAUUAAAUCAUUAUCAAGCCAUCCCCCAUUUACAUAAAGUAAUUGUUGUGUGGAACAACAUUGGAGAGAAGAUGCCAGAGGAAAUGUGGAAUUCCUUGGGUCCUCAUCCUGUUCCUGUUGUCUUUAAAGUCCAAACUGUAAAUCGCAUGAGGAACAGACUCCAGAACUUCCCUGAGCUGGAAACAAAAGCUGUUUUAAUGAUGGAUGAUGAUACACUCGUCAGUGCUCAUGACCUUGCUUUUGCCUUUUCUGUUUGGCAGCAAUUUCCAGAGCAUAUAGUGGGAUUCAUUCCUAGAAAGCACAUUUCUACUCCUUCAGGUGUAUACAGUUAUGGCAGCUUUGAACUGCAGAACCCAGGGUUUGGAAAUGGAGAUCAGUAUUCUAUGGUUCUUAUUGGUGCAGCAUUUUUUCAUUGCAGGUAUUUAGAAGACUUUCAAAGACAACCAGAGGCUGUGUACACUUUAAUAGAUGAAACUCAAAAUUGUGAUGAUAUUGCCAUGAAUUUUCUGGUAGCAAAACAUACUGGAAAGCCUUCAGGAGUGUUUGUGAAGCCUGUUGAUAUACGAAAUUUAGAAAAAGACACUAACAGUGGCUAUUCUGGGAUGUGGCACCGAGCAGAGCAUUUGUUACAGAGAUCUUACUGUGUAAAUAAAUUGGUUGAUAUUUAUGAUGGCAUGCCUUUAAAAUAUUCAAACAUAAUGAUUUCCCAGUUUGGGUUUCCUAAUUAUGCCAAUCACAAAAGUAAAAUGUAAGCCACUGAAUUUAAGGGAUUAGAUGGUAACACUCAGUGUAAUUACUACAUCUUGGCCAUCCUUACUUGUAGCCUCUGAAUCUAUGCCAUAUGGCGUUUUAUGUCGUUCCUCCCUCCCACUCUUUCUUACCAAUCACCAAGGUAAAUUUUCAGAAAAUUUUAAGUAUAUAUAUCUUAGUGUUUUGUCGUAAUAAAAUCAUCCUCUUUCCAUAACCUGAAGAGUGUUUACAAUUAACUAGGCCACUUCUUCAGAAACUUGCAGCCAAAAAUGCACCCCUAUACUUCAGUGUUCAUAACUUGAUUUUUUUAUUUUUUAAUAUGUGUAUCUAGUUAAAUGAGAUCUAAGCAUGUUUUUGUUACGUGUUGAGAUGCUUCCUUCCCCCAUUUCCCUCUUCGUCUCCACACAGUUCCUAGUGAAACUCUAAAAGGGCUACAACCAACUGUUGACUAGGCUUCUAGACUCCUGUACAAAACUCCUUUACAUGUGUAUAUAAGCUCUCUAUCCUGAGAUGUUCCUGAAGCUGCUGUGAAAGCAAACCAGAAGAGUACCCAUCUUAAUCUUAGUCCUAAAACCACUGCCUACAAUAUCUACUACUGCUGAGGUAGUGGAAAAUGAUCUCUUUGAUCCAGCUUUUUCUCCUAUUAAUAAUUUGCCUAGAGUUGCUAAAACAUUGAAAACAGUUAAAAGGUAAAACUUAGCAGUUGGAAAUGUAAGAAACACGAAUACAUAAAAUAUGAAAAUUAUAUAUGCAGUCAAAUCAAUGAGAUCUCUUACCAAUACUGUCUUUAGUACCUAGUUUUGUUUUGGUAUAAUGUGUGUACAUUGUUACAAAGAAGUGUCUGAGUAAAUCCUCACUUCUAAAGUAUGUCUCAUUUACAAUUGCUAAUGAGAGCAAGCUGCUCUACAUUUUAUUCUAGUUUGUAUAUUUUGUAAUAUUACAGGUCUCCCUUUUUUGAAACCACUCUGUCACAUGAAUGAUUAUUUUUUGAUUCCUUUCAUCUCUGAUUUUGGCAGCUAUGACAACAGAAUUAAAGUGCGCAAUGUGUAAAGCAUAAAAAUAUGUAUUUUAAGAUACAGUGAUAUGUGACAGGGCUGGACUACUAUCAGUCUCUGAAUUAUGUGGCUUCAUCUAUGGCAAGAAACAGCAACUUUUAAUAACUUCUGUUUUAUUAGAAACAGUGUUAACAUAGGGAAAAACUUUUCACUGUAGCUACAGAACUUUUUUGUAGUAUGGAUGAAAAGCAAAAAAGGCAGCGAUUUUUUUUUUGUAUCAGAGAGGAAUCAAAUCUGGCAUCAGAUUUAGGUUUAGUCUCACCUACGUCAGUUUUGAUUUAUUUUCAGUACCAGUUCAAAAGUUGGUAAUCAAUAACAGUUCAUGUCUAGAAUACAAACACCAUCUACACAGAUGGUGUACGAUUUUUUUUUUUAAUAAGGUAUCUGAACCAAAACAAUCUUUGAAAAAUGUGACAUGUUCUUACAACUGGUUCUGGAUAUGGAGUCUCUGGCUUUCUUUCAGUAGAACAGAGCAUUCUCCUGUUUUGUUCUAUCAGCAUUAAAGAUUUUAUGUUCAGUGAAGACUUCCUAGUAUUUCUGUAAGAUUUAAGGAGAAAAAACUUCAUAUAGCAACAUAAAAUCUGUUCAAUUUUGUUGUAAAUAGUAAAAAGUAAAUUUUAUUUACUAUAAUGUAGUGAUAAGUAAAAUCCAAACAGAACUAUGAGGUUUCCAGAAAUGCAACUUCACUAGUGGUAGUGUAAUGCGUUUUUCACUUAUUGGUCAUCUGUAAUUUCUGUUCUGUACAGUGUUAUCUGUUAUGUCUUCACUGUUUUAGUUAUUUUUUACCUUUUAAAAGGUAAAGUGAACAGACAUCUUAGCCAAAUCUUAAUCUUGGGCUCACUGUUGCGGAGAAGGGAUCGUUUGGGGCUUUUUGUUUUGUUUUUUUGUUGUUUUCUUUUUUAGUGGGGAGCUCUUCUGUAUCAGUGAAGGAAUGAAUAGAACAAGCUUUUAUUAUUCUGGUAAAUUUAAUUUGUACCCUUGUCAAAUAAAAUACAUAAAUACA